AUGGAGGAAACACUUGGUACCGGAUUCGACAAUAUCCGCGCUGCUAUCAUGUCACCGACAAGCUUCUCGGCCCAAAUGAAUGUCGCACCGGUGUCUGUUCAUACAGUAACCAGGCUCAGAAGUCCCUCGUUCAUAAGCCUGGCGGGAGUAGCCGUCCCGUUCAAUGCAGUUCAAUCGGGGUCGUUUUACAGCCCACCAAACUUUCUCUCUCAGAAUGGCCCUACUGCUGUAAAUUCAACCGAAAGCAGCGAUCACGGCCAUAGUCCAGCUUCUAGCGAAGAGACAUAUAUCAGCUCACAUGACGCGAGAUUUUCGGAGUCCCUGGCAAGUUCUGAAUUGGCCACUGUGGCUUUGACUGAUUUUGUCGAAGAUCCAACCACUCGAAUGGAAGCUGACAAAGAUACUGGAGGCGAGCUACAUGCACGUUCGCAGUACGACCUGGUAGAGGAGGUUUCGUCGCCACAAAGCGGAUCCGAUGGUUACGAAAGCGAUCCAGACGAUACUCGCAAGUUUUAUACGGAAAUAGAGUCCUAUACUGUAAUUGGAGAUGACGGUUAUGAUACUGUCGAUUCGGAAUACUAUGACACCGAUAGCGAAUACGACCCUUCCAAUACGGGACAGAUGUUAAGAUCUAUCAGUCGUUAUGACCAUCGCUUCCAUCACUACUGGCACGUACAGCAGUCAGAAUUAGCCGAAACUCAUUUUGACACUCCGUUACAAACUACACAAGAGCGAAAUUUCACGGUCGAGGAAUUUAUUCAACGCUGGCUACAUGCGUCGCUCUCCAAAAGCCCACAUGUUCCACCCCGGUUUCCUGGCCCGUCACUGGAAGCUGCGAAUGUCUCUGAGUGGUUGAGGCCUGCGAAAAUAAUUCGACCUCAAACCAUCGACUCUGACGAAUUUUAUGACAUUCAACAGAUUCCAUGGCACUCAAAGCUUGGUGUGCGCCGUGAGGAUGCUCGUUUGCUCCGUGAUGCGUGGUAUCAUCCAUAUACUAAUCUCGAUUUCUCAAAGAAUAAUCACUCACACGCUCUGCUAAGGGUGGAACGUUAUUUUACCCCGAAAGCCCUAUAUUCGGACUUCAAGGCUACUAUUGAACAUUUUCAAUUGAGGAAUCUGAUGGCAGUCACCUCGUUUAAUACCAUACAGUUUGCACAUGAAUCCAAGUUGUUGACAUGGACACCGGAUUACAAGUACGUGCGAUGUACUAUGGAUCUUUCUCGACCGCCAGUUGAAACCGGCUUUCAAGGCGCAGUCAAGAUUUCGACGAUGCAAGCGAAACAUGGAAUUUCUGUCGCGGGUGGCUUUGGCGGCGAGUAUUGCAUGCACGUCAACGGAAGCCAAGCUGAAAACACACAUGGAUUUGUUACUCGUGAUGCCAACGGGAUUACCAACAAUAUCGAUGUAAUUCAAAGUCGAACAAGCACGUCCCCGUUGGUUGUAUUUGCUUCUAAUGACCAGCACAUUCGAAUUCUCAACCCUGUGGUAAAUAAAUUUAUCGCUGAUCACGAACUGCCUAUUCCCGUCAACUGCUCAGAAACGUCGGCUGAUGGUCGAAUGCGCAUUGUUGUUGGCGACUCAACAGAGGCUCUUGUCCUUGAGGCUGACACUGGCCGUACCCUCCGGCAACUUCCCGGGCAUCGUGACUUUGGUUUCGCCUGUGCUUGGUCUCCGGAUAUGCUACAUAUAGCGACGAGCAAUCAAGACAGGACAGUAAACAUAUGGGACGUGCGUAUGUGGCGACUCCUUCAGACCAUGAACUCCGAUCGCGCUUGUUACCGCUCCUUGCGAUUUUCCCCCGUUGGCGGUGGACCCCGUACACUCUUGAUGUGCGAGCCAGCAGACCGCAUAUCUAUUGUUAAUGCUACAACAUACGAAACCCGACAGGUGCACGAAUUUUUUGGUGAGAUCGGCGGUGCAGAUUAUACAUUGGACGGUGGAUCGAUCUGGGUUGCCAACACGGAUGAAUUGUUCGGUGGAUUUAUGGGAUUUGACCGUAUGCAGUACUCUCAGAAGUAUUCUUCUUCCGGGUCGUCGUCGAGAAGCCGUGAGAUUGGUACAUUUGAGGAAUAUGAGAAAACAAAGUUCGGGCCGGGGUGGUACUCCAAUCUGCCACAAGAAUGGGUCAAUGAAGCUGGGCUGGAGAAUGACACACGAUCUGCUCUCGGCCAACGUGAAAGGGACCUUCGAAGUUUCAAUGGAUUGAGUGAUGACGCUAGAGAUUGUUUGCUACUAUGA